AUGUUUCUUGACAAACUAUAUUGUUAAUUAGAAGUUCUUAAGAAACCUAAUUAAAAAUAAUAGACAAUUUAGCAAAGUAUGGGUUCAUCACCUUGCUGUUGCAAAAAUACUUAAGACACUAUAUAAGAGAUGAAGCUAAAAAUAGAACCACGAAACAGCAAUCAUGAUAAUAUGGUGGCAGAUCUCAAAAAACCAAUUCCCUUAUAAUAAAUUAUGCCUCUCCAAGAGGAGGAUGACUUUGCAUUAUUUUUGGUAAUGGAACAAUAUGAUCGCUUAUUAAUAAAAAACAAAAGAAAAAGCAAAUCCUAUUCGCCUGGAGGAGAUGUUUAGACUUUUUCUAGAGAAAACUUGACAUCUUAUUAUUUGAAGGGCAAACAUCAUCAAAAACCCUCUAAAAAAACAAGAUCAUUAACUACCAAGUUAUCUACAUCUUUUUAAAGUAUUGGAAUUCGGAGCAUUUUGAAAAAAAAAGAACUUUCAAAUAAUAAAUCCUCAUAUUUUCAAUAAAUAUCAGAUGCUCAAAAAUCAAUAAAAAGUGUACAUUUUGAUGUUGCUUUGAGUCCUAGAAAUAGUAUUAAUAGAAAGGUAGAUGUUUGGAAAAAAAAAAAAAUAUUUUUAAGAUCAUAUUUAUGA